ACUUGAUUGUUGACUGUGUAGGUGACCUUUUAAAAAAAAAAUAUAUAUAUAUUAUUUUAUUUUUUUGAUCGGAAAUGUGGACUUUGUGUCUUCUCUGCGUCUGUUUAUCACGGUCGUCGUGCCGUGACGCAGAAACAGCUGUUAACGUUGCGGCUGAAGGCAGAGCAGAGCUGCGGAGGGUUCGGAAUCUUGCGGCCCAACCGCGCUAUGGUGAAUGUUGGUCUAAUGCGCUGGAGAACAUCGACGCGCGUUGCAGAGACUUCACAGUUGACAUACAGAGUAGGAUUGCCCUACUUUUCACCCACUGUCACCUGCGCAAAUCUGGCCGUCCAUUCCCAGCAUGUCCAGAGGACAGCGAGGUCAGUAGCUGUACUAAAACCAUGGAUCCUGUGGCCUUCAACGCCUACACGGAAUUCUUCACCCACGCCCACAGCAUCUGUCGACACCUGCAGAGCGAGAGCUGGCAACACCAGGCUGAGAACACCAUCCACAGGUGCAGUGGUAGGCUAACAGAGAGCUCAGCGGGGGUGGUGGAGCAAUUGUCCUCUACCCAGCGUAUGGCUGAGAGCCUAGUGGAGGCCCAGAGUGUCGCCCUCAAAUCACAGGAGACGAUCAUACGCAACGGAGAGGAACUCAAACACACUCUCCACCAUUCUACCCAAGGCAUCAGAGCAGUAUUUGAUGAGAUGAGACUGUCAGCCCAGGAGCAGCAGGUAGCAUUCUCGGAGAUCUUCAACCGUGUUGCUUUCCUCCAGAGUUUCAUCAUGUCAGAGUCUCACACCUUCACCAGUCUACUCUACAACUCACUGGGGUUCCUCGCUGCCUUCUUCCUCACCGCUACACAGCGGACUGCUCCAGCCAGGUUUGUUCUGUUUGGUCUGGUAGUGCUGAACGUGUACCUGGAGAGGAUGCUCUGUAGAGCUGUGCUAGACUCCUCUGAACCAGGCUACCAGCAGAUGGAACAAAUCAGCCUGUUGGUGAGCCUCCUCAGAAGGGCCAUGGUCCUAGUGGGUCUAUUGGCUCUGGUCUACGUUGCUGUACGGUAUCGUAACGUCACCAAAGAGAGCCUGGAGAUUCUCACCCAACUCAAAGAGACUCGUACAAGUCUUGAGCUGGCCCUGCAGAAAGCGGAGUGUCUCUCUGAGGCGGUGGACAGGAGGAGCAGUGGAGCAAGAGGUCGAAGGUCAGAACAACAACCCAGUAGAAGGAGGGAGAAUAAGGAAGAAAACAAUAGCACUUCAGAUUUCACAUCAGAGAAACCCUACAUGACUCACACCUAUGAUGGCUGGCAGUAUGACAGCAGUUACAGCACCCCUGGAGGAGAGGAGACCUCGACCCCGAACCAGUGUACCCUACCCAGACCUCAGCGUCGCUCCUCUGUCUCUAGACGUGCUCCGUCCUCCCCUUUGGUCUACAGUAUACAGGUGGAGGAUAAGCAGACACGCUACAAUCUGAGGAACCGGAGGUCUUCCGUGUCAGGCCUGGGGACAGAGAGACAGACAGAGGGACUGACACAAACCGACUGACGGAGAUCAAAGUGUACCCAAACACGCUUCAGCCUUGGCUAAAGGAAUACUUUUAUGGACUGAGAUGAUUCGUGUUUCAACCUGUCUGGAUCAUAGCAGUGAAGCGGCUGAUCCCACGAUACAUUUUCAUGACCAUGAAUAUCACUGGUUUUCAGGAAUGUAAUAAUGCAAAACUGUCUCAAUCUUGUGUAUUUUAAGUAAAUAAAGCUUUUAA